UGAUCAAUUUACAUUAAUAAUACCAGAAGCUGAAAUUUGGUUGACAAGUAGCAUUCGUGUUAGGUGAUCAUCACUCAAUAAAUAGGAACAGCCUCCACAAAGAAAAUUAUUAAGUAGUUUUUUAGAACAAGAAGUGGGUGAAGAAGAAAAUAAAAAAUGGGUGAAGUGAAAUUGUUGGGGGCAUGGGGAAGUCCUUUCAGUCGCAGAAUAGAGAUUGCUUUGAAACUGAAAGGCGUUGAAUACGAAUACAUAGAACAGGAUCUUGGUAACAAAAGUGCUUUGCUUCUCCAAUACAACCCCGUUCACAAGUUAAUUCCUGUGCUUGUUCACAAAGGAAAGCCGAUAGCAGAGUCUGAUGUUAUUCUUGAAUACAUCGAUGAGACCUGGAAAAACAAUCCCAUCUUGCCCGAAGAUCCAUAUGAACGAGCCAUGGCACGUUUCUGGGUUAAGUUCAUCGACGAAAAGUGCGUGCGUUCACUUUGGAAAGCUUGCUGGGUUCCAGAGAAUAUCCGAAAGGAGGCCGUGGAAGAAGCAUAUGGGCACCUGAAAACACUAGAAAAUGACUUAAAGAUAAACAAGUUUUUUUGGAGGAGAGAAAUCGGAGUGGUUGAUAUUGUCGCUAACUUCAUAGGCUUCUGGGUUGGUUGCAUUAAAGAGGCUUCAGGAGUGGAAAUUCUUACAGAAGAGAAAUUCCCAAAAUUACAUAAAUGGAGUGGUGGAGUUUGUUAA